AUGCACGUACAGUUCUCUCUCGGCCCCCUGGGGGAGGCCCCGGCGGACCUGGCGGACCAGGUGGUCCUGGCAGACCUGGCGGAUACGGCGGGCCUGGCGGAUUCGGCGGACCCGGCGGACAGGGCGGAGGAGGUCCGCCUAAUGGCGGUCCCCCUGGUGGCGGCGCCGGCGGACAAGGGGGCCCAGGGGGGCGGGGGGGGCCAGGCGGACAGGGGGGCCCAGGCGGACCACCUGGCGGCCCGCCCAUGGGGCCUCCGCCGGUCCGCUGGUGGCGCUCGACUCGCCAACUGCUCCACUGCAUUCCCCACGGAACACGCGGAUUUCCGAUUCGGCAUCUUCAAGAACGACAGUGGCAACUACAACAUUGUGUUCCAGGCCAUGCUGGUGGACGCAGCUGGAGGCCCGCCCGAUUCCCUUGCAAUCACCCAGGGCGCUGCGUGCGACGCCGCGGCCACGUCUUUCCUCUCCCUCCCCAUCGCCACCACCGAUUGGAUCGUCCACUCUGGCUGGUGGCUGCUGCACUCCGAAAUGCGCCUCGACGGAUUUCUGGAGAACGCAGAUCCGGCUACGCUGACAACCCUGCUCGCCGCGAUUCCCAGCAUUCCCGAUAGUGCAGUUACUUCUACCGGUGGAGCUUCUGGGAACCGGCGCAAGGGCAUGGAGAGUGGUGUUCAGGGGAGGAUGCUGCUGUUUGACCUGUUCAAGUCCCUUGGGAAGGCCGUGGGGGGGGCGAAGAAGAAGAACCAGGGAGGCAAGAAGAAUUCUGCUAAGGGCUCGGGCAACAUGGGUGAGCCGCUUACUGUGACCGGGUAUGCUGUGCUGGCUGCGAGCUCCGCUUCUGGUGCCACAUGGGGUGCCGAGCUCAAGGGUGUGUUGGUGCCAGAGGCUCCCCUGGCCCCAAUCCCGUGA